AUGUUCAUCUUCAACUCAAACUCCACUAAAGUUUACCUGCACUGUGCUGUUCAUCUUUGUAUUCUGGCCAACAAUCACUGCUCAGCGCACUGUGUCUCUGGAUAUCACCAGAGGGUCGGCAGGUCUCUGGACUUCCAUGACAGUUCUUCUAUAUCCAUGGGUCCUUUUGUCUGGUCUGAUGGAAAUGCAGGCACAUGGGCUCCAGAAUUAGUACGAGCGUCCGGAGCUCCAGAUUCUCAAAAAAAUGAGACUCAAAACGUGGUGUUAUCCGCUCAGUCUCUGGACGCACAGGCCAGAGACUCAGAACUUGUGGUAGAUAUGGGACAGUCUCUGUUGUCGAACUCUGAACGAGGAGCUGUAAAAUCUCAAGAAGAGAUUCAGAAACUUGAUUUUUCGGGCUUUAUUGAUACUACUGUUGUACCAACGACAACAUCAAUAGGAGACUCCACUAACAAUGUCUCAUUUUAUCCAUUUGGAGUUGGAGACACACAAAAUGAAUGCUCUGAUGAUGGAAGUUCUGCACUCAUUUACCUCCUGCAACCGUUUAUAUUUUUUGGACACACAUACAACCAAAUAUAUGUCAACAACAAUGGACACUUGACUUUUGAUGGACCAUGGGACAGCUACUCCCCAUACAGCUUCCCAGGUCAUGGUGGCAAAGACAUCAUCGCUCCAUUCUGGACUGAUCUUAAUAAUUGUGAGAAUGGUGUGAUCUCAUAUCAGCAGUACACCUCUGGCGAUGUCCUGACACAAGCUACACAAGACAUAAAUCAAUACUUCCCUGAUCUGAGCUUUUCUGCUUCAUGGGUCUUUGUUGCAACUUGGGACAGAGUGGCAUAUUAUUCAUAUUCAGGAACUGAAACAUCUUUCCAAGUGGUUUUGAUUUCAAAUGGCCAUCUCUCAUUUGUUUUAAUGAACUAUGGUAGAAUUUCUCCAUCACAGCGAUAUGUACAGGCCGGUUAUGACAACAUCGACUCCAGCUAUUAUUUCUCAAUUACCGAAUCACUCCAGACUGACUUCACAGGCUUAACACACAGCACCAAUGUCAAUGUUACAGGCAGAUGGGCCUUCAGAACAGAUUGUGGACCACAGGGAUGUCAGUUCAAAGUAAGGAGGUUCAACCAACUCAGAGUAAGUCAACUCAGAGUUCAAGGUUUAAAGGAUUAG